AUAACUCUUUCCACAACCUGUUUGCGAUCGAAUUAGAAUAGCACACUAGUGAAAAGUAAUAAAUAGGCCAUUGACUGAUAUUAUAUCAUAAAUCAUUAGCCUGGUACCAGUGAUGAGUUUAUUUCCAGUACAUGAUCACCUCUGUCUAUUCAGCAUGGUAUCUCUUUUGGCUUUUCUGCUGCUGUCUAUAGUAAAUGCAGGUACUGAAGACUGGCAUAAAAUUGCAAGAGAUCUUCUUACAGAACAGUUAAAAAUCGAAACCAAUACCAAUAAAGCUAAGAACGUAAUCUUGUUUAUUGGUGAUGGAAUGGGAAUGCCUACCAUAACUUCUGCCAGGAUAUAUAAAGGUCAACAGAUGCAAAAGACUGGGGAGGAAACUGUCUUCAAAUUUGAAGAAUUUCCAAAUGUAGCUUUGUCAAAGACUUACGGAAGUGAUAGGCAAAUACCAGACUCAUCUCAAACAGCAACGGCCCUAAUGUGUGGAGAGAAGGUAAAUUUCUAUACCAUUGGUGUUAACGACAAGGUGUCACAAGGAGACUGUGCAUUGGAAAUACCCAGUAAUAAAUUGACGUCUAUAUUGGACCAUUUCAUCGCAGAUGGACGAUCUGGAGGGUUCGUUACAACAGCAAGACUGACGCACGCAACACCAGGCUCGUCUUAUGCACAUACAGCUAAUCGUGCAUGGGAAUCCAACGAGAAAAUGACAGAUGUUCCCCAGAAAUGUAAAGACAUCGCUUACCAGUUUGUAUACGAUAAUACAAAAAUCCAGGUAGCAAUGGGUGGAGGAAGAAGACAUUUUCUACCUAACACCACAAAAGACCCGGAGUAUAACACCAAGUAUGGACUAAGAGUAGACGGGCAAGAUCUUACAACAGAAUGGCAAAACAAGCAAAGUGCUAAAGGACGGAAUUUCAGAUACGUUUGGAAUAAAGGACAGUUUGAUUCUGUAGAUCCUCAGACAACAGAUUAUUUACUUGGUCUUUUUGAAUACAGCCAUAUGCAGUAUGAAGUUGAUCGUAACACGACAAGUAAUGGAGAACCUAGUAUUACUGAAAUGGUUGAAAAGGCUAUCAGAAUACUUAAAAAGAAUUCUAACGGAUUUUUCCUUUUGGUUGAAGGGAGUAACAUCGAUAUUGCCCACCAUGAUACGCUCGCAGCUAAAGCCUUAACAGAAACAGUGUCAUUGGAUCAAGCCGUCACCAAAGCACUAGAAUUGACCAAUGAAGAGGAAACCUUGGUUAUAGUGACAGCUGAUCAUUCUCACGUGUUCAGUAUGGGCGGAUAUAACUACAGGGGAAACGACAUUCUAGGACUAGCGAACCCAACUGACUAUGAGCCACCAUUAGAUGGAAUGCCAUAUACAACUCUUUCAUAUGGUAACGGACCUGGUGUUAAUUUUACAAGUGGGAAAAGGCCUAAUCUGACAAACGUUGAUACAACUACCUUCGAUUACAUACCUCAAGCUGCAGUCCCAGUAGAAUAUGAAACACAUGGAGGUGAGGAUGUCCCUAUAUUUUCCAAAGGACCAAUGGCACACUUGCUUAACGGUGUAAAGGAACAACAUUAUGUUGCCCACGUGAUGCAAUAUGCAGCUUGUGUUGGGGACUUUAAAGAUGACAGCCAUUGUAAAAAUACGGAACCUAAACCAACAUGUUCUGCUUGUUUGAUUACAUGGGAUCGAGUCACAUUUUUCCUGAGUUUAAUAGGGAUUUACCUUCAACAGUUUUAUUUUGUGUGAUUGUUUUUAAUGUUGUGUAAUCUUAUAACAAGCAUUCAUUGAAUUGUCCAUUUGGCACAACCGCUGGUGACAACAAGUAUGUUAAUUAUUUGUAUUUUUGUAUUUUGUAUUUAAAUUGUGAAAACUGUCCUAUCAUCUCAAACCAAAACCAACACAUGUAUAAAUCAGAGGUUUAAAUCAUUUCUCCUUUUUUUAAUCUUGAUUUUAUGUUUUCAUUAUUUCACCAGGUAAGUCAUUAUUAUUAUCUCUUAUGUGUCUGGUUUCCCGUCCUGCUGAUCAAGUGUAGGAAAAAACCUACAAAUCUGUUCAAUUAUCUCAUUAGUAAAAUCAUCGCCAUCAGUUUUAAUUUUCUCAGUUGUAACUAAGCAUCCACUCACUUUCUAUUCUUUGUCUCUCUUAAAUUUGUCAAUGCUUUAGUGUUUUGGCUUCUAGUUAAUUAUGUUUUUUUUUUUAUUUUCAAAUCGCAACCCGAAUUUAAGUUCUACAUAUUUUUUUGUUAUUCUUUUUUACUAUCUUCGAAAUCGUUAAAAAGUCAUAAAUUGACGACUCGAUGUAGUCGAUGAGUGACGAUUUCAUGUCAAAUAUGGGUUUUAAGCAUUGCCAGUUUAUGGUUUCUUUUUCUUAUUUCCUUUGUAAUAUGUGAUGAUCCAACGUGUGGUAAAAAUCAAAUGGCCAACAUUAAAAAAGACUAGCCGUACUGUGUCAAUACUUUACAAAAGAAAAUGAUAUUUUGCAAAAAUUGCUUAUCACAGCCUAGCCUUUAUUGAAGAGAAAUAAAAACCUUACCCGUCCGAUACGUAUUUAUUUUAAAGUUGGAAAAAAUACUUUACUUUUGGCUAUAGUUCGUAUUGUAUUGCAAUAUAAUUCAUCAUCAAAACUGUAGAGAAUCCGACCGUAGAGAACAGGUACAAUAUUUAACUUAAGGAUAAGAAAAAUGUUUUAAAAUAUAUUGUUAAUAUCAGCUUCAGUACAGAUGUCAAGCUUUUAACUGGGAUAUUUGAAUGGCCCAACAAUAAAGAAAUGCGUGAUAGCAA